UGCGCCCUGCCACCCCGGAGAUGAUGGACAGCCGCAUCCUGGAUCACCCCCAUGCCCAGUUCGGGGGCUCACUGGGCAGCAUGGUGGGCUUUCCCUACCCCCUAGGCCACCACCACGUCUACGAGCUGGCGGGGCACCAGCUGCAGUCCGCGGCCGCCGCGGCCGCCGCCGCCGCCUCGGUCCCCUUCUCCAUAGAUGGAUUACUGAACGGUUCUUGCGCUGCCUCAGUGGUCAACCCUACCCCGCUGCUGCCAUCGGGCUGUGGGGUGAGCGGGGACAGUCAAACCUUCAAGCUGUCAGAUUCCGGAGAUCCGGAUAAGGAGAGUCCGGGCUGUAAGCGGAGAAGAACCCGCACCAACUUCACGGGCUGGCAGCUGGAAGAGCUGGAGAAGGCCUUUAACGAGAGCCACUACCCAGACGUCUUCAUGCGGGAAGCGCUGGCUCUACGUCUGGACCUGGUGGAGUCCCGAGUGCAGGUCUGGUUCCAAAACCGCCGGGCCAAAUGGAGAAAGAAGGAGAACACGAAGAAAGGGCCGGGGCGGCCGGCUCACAACUCUCAUCCCACCACGUGCAGCGGGGAGCCCAUGGAUCCCGAGGAGAUAGCCCGGAAGGAGCUGGAGAAGAUGGAGAAGAAGAAACGCAAGCACGAGAAGAAACUGCUCAAGAGCCAGAGCCGCCACCUGCACUCUCCCAGCAGCUUGUCCUUGCACAGUACGCCCAGCUCCGACAGUGAUAGCGGCGGCGGCGGCCUCUCUCCAGAGCCCCCGGAGCCUCCUCCCGGCAAGGGCCCACGGCCCGCCCCCAGCGCCGCCAGCGAGCCGCCGGCCCCCGGCAGCUGCGACCCAGCCUUUUACCCGAGCCAAAGAAGUGGCGCCGGCCUGCAGCAGAGGCUGAGCCGGCUCCCAGAUAAGGACUCUUCGGACUGCGCUCCUGGUCGAGGCUCCUCCGGCUUCCCUAAGCCCAGCCCGUUCAGCGUAGAGAGCCUCCUCUCCGACUCACCCCCGCGCCGGAAAGCGCCUGCCACUCUGGACUUUGCGCCGGGCCUCCCUUGUGCCCCGCGGACCCUCAUCGGCAAAGGACAUUUCCUGCUCUAUCCGAUCACCCAACCCCUCGGCUUCCUCGUCCCGCAGGCGGCCCUUAAGGCCGGGCCGGGCCCGGAGCCGGUUCCUAAAGACGCCCCACCAGCUCCCCCGCCCCCCGCCUCUAACCCUGGCCAGGCCAGUUUCGGGCCAGCCUCGGGGCCUCCAGCUUACCCUGGCCCGAGCUCCACGAACUCUCCCUUUGCCAACUGUAGCCCAGACAGCAGCAGCGGAGGCGGCCAGGCGGGAACAGCCCUGGCACCCCCUGCUUACAGGGACUCGGCUGAGGGCGGCGGAGCUGGAUCUGGAGCUGGCUCGGGAGCGGGAGCGGGAGCGGGCUGUGGGGCAGAAGCAGGUGGGGGUGGGGGAGGCUUUCCCCAGUCGCCCUCUCCAGCACCGCUCCCCCGGGAGCCCAGCCCUUGCGGGGACACAGCGAACUGUAGCGCGACCGAGCCAGGAGGCCCCAUGGAGCCCGGCGGUCCUGACUGUGAAGAGCUCGAUAUGGACUGAGGGCCCAGCCCGGCCAGGCCGAGCCGGGCCGAAGGGGGAGCAGGUACCCCUGCCCCGCAGCUGAGCGAACCGGCUCCACACCAGGCGCCCACACAACGAAUCAGGUGAUCGGUUCUAGAAACGGUUUUUUUUUUCAUUCUUCCUUCCUUUCUUUUUUUUUUUUUUAAGAAAAAAAAAAAAAAAAGAAAAGCAAAAAGAUGUCUGAAUUUCGAUCUUAGCAGUAACAGCUGGACUUUGGGGUGCGAACCCUCCACACAGACCGAAAGCGAGAGAGCGAGAAAGGAUAACAAAACAAAACAAAAACCCACAACGAGAAUCCUCAACCUUGUAAAAUGCAAAAAUGUCUAAGAAUAUUUAUAUAUGUAAAAUUUUUGAUAAAUAAAGCUGGAGAAA